UAAUAAAACCAUCUACCAUCUAUCAUUUAUAUUAUAAUUUACUGAAAUGUAUUACACUUUGAAAAUAUGUGAAAACUUAAAUGCUUUUUUCUUAUAUGGCCAAUGCGAUUAAGGUUAUAUAUAAUGAAGACCAACUCCUUGAUGAGCGUGGGGCAAAAUUCAAAUUCCUGUGUCAAUGUGCAUAAUAUAUGAAUGGGUGGUGUUAUAAUUAUCUAUUUAAAAUGGUGGUUCAUGUGUCGUGCAAAGUUUGGUUGUUAUCUGCGUCUGUAGAGUUUUCAGAAUGUAUUGGCAGAAACCAUUAUACACUGUAUCUGUCUUCCCAGUGUCCUGAAGUCUGUAGCUAUGAGAGUCAUGAACAGAGGCUGAAAGUAUAGAAUAAAUUAUCAUUAAACAUAAAUGCCCAUCGUGGAAUAUGCCUUUCAAGCUUCGUUUGAAGAAGAGCCGUCAGUACAAUGUUGUUUCUAAGUCAUUAUUUGUAAUAUGUGUGGAACUACUGGAUGGAACAUCCAUAGAAUGCACAUUAUCAGCCGAGAGCAGUGGGAGAGAUUGCCUUGACAAUGUAUGCCAGAGGCUUGGCUUGCAGCAGCCAGAGUUUUUUGGGUUGCGUUAUUUAUCACGCCAUGCACAGCCUCUUCCAAGAUGGGUGGAAAUGGAUCGUCCACUUAAGAGGCAGCUCGAUAAACAUGCUCGGGGUCAGAACCUGUUUCUACGUGUUAUGUACUAUGUUUCAGGGGUAAACUUGCUGAACGAUGAAAUGACAAGGUAUCACUAUUUCCUUCAGCUUAAGAAGGAUGUGAUUGAUGGUCGGAUGAACUGUGAUGCUAAACAAGCAGUGCUUUUAGCAAGUUAUAGCAUGCAAGCUGAGUUUGGGAAUCAUGAUUUGGAACGGCAUACUGCAGAAUACUUAAAGGAUUUUGCAUUGUUUCCAAAGCACUUAACAUCUGAUGGCAACCUGGAAAGUUUGACAGAGGCAGUGAUACUUCAGCAUGCAGCUCUAGGUGGCUUGUCCCAAGGAACAGCAGAGGAGUACUACAUAUUAGCAGCACAGCAACUGGAUGGCUAUGGUCAAGAGACAUUUGAAGCCAAAGAUGAAACUGGUGCUGAAGUUAUCAUUGGGGUGUCUUUGAUGGGAGUACUUGUUUGUUAUGAAAAUAACCAGACUUCAAAGUUUUACAGGUGGAAAGACAUAACUAAUGUGAUUAAUCACAAGCGAAACUUUGGUAUAGAGUGUCAGGUACCAGAUGAAACAGUUCACUUCCAAUUUACUGAUCCUGAAUCAGCAAAAUAUGUAUGGAGGAUGUGUGUGCAUCAGCACACAUUCUACAUGCAGAAUGAGCAUGCUGCAGAGUCAUCACAGAACAUACACCUAGAGGAUCACGUGGCAGGAACUCUCUUCCAUGGUGCCUUAGAGGACCGUCAUUUAACAGAGAGCUGUGAAGAUCUUGAUAACAGAGAUACCAGUGGAGGGCCUGUGGCAUGGAGCAUGUCACCUUCGGCAGUACAGCGAGCUCAGUCCACAUCUUGUCUUGACCUUACUACACCUGCAGACAUGGACAGGCUUAGAGCCUUGUUACCAUCAUACCGCCCUGCUCCUGAUUAUGAGACAGCAAUGCAGCAGAAAUACCGUGGAGCUGGACAGACCUCAGGGAAUUUAAACAUUAGGCCUAACCAUCAGGUUGGAAUUUUAUACAGCAGCCAACCUGAAAUACACCAGACUCACAUUGAAGAGAAUCUCAAUUCAUGCGGCCAUUACAAGCACUACCCAGAUGUAACACAGGUUGAACGAUUGUACCUGGAAUCCAGGAAUGAGCAACCACAACAAAUACUGAAGGGAAGUAUGGACCAUAACUCCCAUGCAGUGCUUCCAACAAUGCAUACCUACAGUACCCCUGAAUUGGACACUGUGGAGAACCACAUGAUCCAGGGAUUGCAGCUUUUGCAUUUGUACAAACCACCACCUCCAUACCCCAUUAGCAGACCAAGCAGUAACAGCACUCCAGAUCUUGCAUCGAAAACUCUGACCCCUCCACAGCCAACAUUUAUUAACCCACAGGUCAGUGGAUCCAGCCCAGACUUGGUAUCAUCUAGAAGUCUCGGUCCAGGCCGGCAUCAACUACAUCACCACCACCAUCGCCACCUUCAUAUGAAUCAUCAUCAGCAGCAGCAUCAUUACCUUGAUCCAGCAGUGGCAUCCCAUCAGCAUCUGCCUAAUCCUGAAUCACAUCGUACUUACACUAAUUUGGCUGCUGUAUUGGACACUCAACAGCAGCAUCCACAUCUGGAUGAUCUGCAUAGAGCCUUUGUAGCUUCAGAAGAACCUAACAUUGUUUACUGCAUGGGUGGAAGUGGGGAUGUAGGAUUGCUUUUGGAAAACAGGCCUAGAUCAACCACAAUGCCCUAUCAGUCAGUGAACUCGGUAUCCAAUGGAUCACAUUGUGCAGGCAGGGUACCUGAACCUAUUUAUGAGAAUGUGCCACUUCCAUGGGCAGCUGAUGGCAGAGUGGCAGUAGGUAUAGUGAGUGGUGGAGAUGGUUCAGGGGUGCGAAGUCGGACGUCCAGCAUCCAGUCAGCACCAGAGAUGUGCCAGUUACAAAAUGCAGAGCAUAAUAUUGGAAUCGGUGUGACCAUGCAGGCGUUGAACAGUGAGAACAGUGUGGCACAACAACACAUCUACAGUUCAGCAGCUGAACAGUUCUCAUCAAGAAACAUGACCAGCAGGCAUGUUGCAAUGAACCAUGCACCUUCAGCACCACAUGAACUGGCUUCCUUCUCUCUUCCAUUUCCAGGGAAAAGUAAACUUGGAAUAGCACCAGAAAACAGCACUGCAUCAGUUACAGAACAUUUUUGUGAAGAAGAGCAGGUCCAUAAGACUGAUGUGUCUGCAAGCAGUUCUAGCAUGGAUUCUGGAAAGCAGAAACCAAAGAGGAAGUGGGGGUUACUAGUUGGGGGUGGGAGGACAAAAUCCAGUUCAAAUGCCAAGAGCUCAAAGACUAAUACUCUAACCAAGGAAAGAACAACUGGGGAGAAUGCUGUUGGCAACUUACAAAACAGGUGGAGCACAGGUCUGCCAAGGCUUCCUCUGCCAGCUACCAUAUCAAAAGAAACUAUGUGCCAGUUACUGGAAAGGAAGUUAGCAGACAGUCAACUGUUCUUUGAAUUUGAAAGGAUUCCAAAGAAAAAAACUAAUACUGAAUUUGGAACAGCAUUGCAUCCAGAUAACAUUGUUCGUAACAGGUACAAAGAUGUAUUGCCAUAUGAAGAAAACCGUGUGAGGUUAACUCCCAGUAAAGAUAAUAAGCUUGGCUAUAUAAAUGCUUCCCAUAUCACAGCUACUGUUGGUAAUCACCAGAGGUUCUAUAUUGCUGCUCAAGGGCCACUGCCUGGUACUGUGGGAAGCUUCUGGCAGAUGAUAUGGGAGGCAGAUGUGUACCUAGUUGUGAUGCUUACUGGUGUGCAGGAAGAGGGAUCAGUUGUGUACUGUCCUGAACGGGGAGACAUGUGUGUGGAAGUUGGGGAGUUUCAAGUAUGGCAACAGUUUUCACAAGAAACUGGUCACUGUAUCACCACCAAGUUGCAGCUGUACCACACAUCAUCUCAUCGAGGAAGGGGAGUGUGGCAUCUCCAGUAUUUGGAGUGGGGUGAUCAAGGCUGUCCUCAUAAUGUUGGUCACUUUUUAGGGUUCCUGGAAGAACUGAGCUCUGUAAGACAGCACACAGUGGGCGAAAUUCCAUCUGGUCAUAAUCGCAAUCCACCUGUGUUGGUGCACUGUACAGCUGGAGUGGGUCGCACAGGAGUAACAGUACUGAGUGACUUGCUUCUCUACACACUCGACCACAAUCAGGAACUGGACAUCCCGCGAGUAGUUGCACUUCUGCGACACCAGAGGAUGCUGAUGAUUCAAACGGUUGCCCAGUAUAGAUUUAUCUACAGUCUUCUCAUCUACUAUCUGAAGCACUCUCGUCUGAUCUGAUCUCUUUGUUAAGUUGUGGGACCACAGUGCAAUCAGAGAAAUCUCAGUUAUGCUCAAAGGAGAAAAUAAAGAUUAGUCAGCUGAAUUUUCUGUGCAGGUAACAGUACUGAUUAGAAAUACUGGAAAUACAACUGGUGUUCAUGCAAUAAUGUAUAUCCUGCACCAUUAAAUUAAUCAGGUCUAGGCAAUUAUAAAUGUUCUGUUAAAGGAGUGCAUCUAGAACAUUUGUUUAGCAUGGCAGAUUUUGUUUUUGUUGUUCAGUGUCCUGUGUCAUGCAUUUAAUCUCACAUGUUCAGGUUACUUGUCAUUUUAUUGAAAGUUUUUGGUUUUGUUAAUCUAAAUAUUUUUUCUUGAGGCAGUGAUUGGAAUUAAACCGAGUAUCCUUUAGACGUAUUUAUUGCUGUAGGGAUUCAAAUAGGAACUACACUUCAUGCCAUGCUUUUUUCCUACUUGGAAUGGGUUUAUAUUUUAGGAGUCAAAUUAAUUUUUGCUAAAUCUUAUAAAAGAAUGUCACUGUAACUUGUCAUUUAUUCAUCAUCCUUUUAAAUUCUCUAUACAGUGUCACUUCCAUGCCUCUAAAGACCACAGUUAUGCACUGAAGUAGCUAUUUAUGGAUAUGCGUCAUGGUCAGAAAUGAAGUUCCUGUUACUUUUGAAAGGUGAUCAGUAUAUAAUUUUUUCCCUUAUACCUUUUUGGAAUUUCACUUUGUUCUACAAGCAUGUUACUGAGGUAAUGAGUAAAUGUUUUCCAUUGUAUUUUAUUUAGUUACGAAAUUAUAUUUGUAGUUUAUUUUAUGACAUCUCAGUGGAUCACAUUAUAUAUUGUCAAAUGAUAUGAAGAUUAGUGAAUAACUGAUAAUUAAUUCCUUCCAUGUCCUUUCCAUUUAUAGGAAAGGAUGCAGAAGGAAGUAGUAGUGACCUAAUUUAAGGUAUUUUCAUAAUAUUUGGAGGGACUGAGAAGAACCUCAGUCAGGAUAGCCCGUCUGGGACCUUUCACAUAUGAAACAAGUAUGCCACCUACAAAAUUUUGUUUGUUCAUUUUUGGAUAUUGUGCAUGGCAAAACACACAUGUCCUGUAACAUAAUUGACAGCAAAUGUAAUAAUACUGAUAUAGACUGCUAAGAACCUAGUCAUAGCCACAAGAAAUAAAAUAAAACAGAAGUUGGCAUAAUUAUGAUACUUGGAUUACCUGAACAUAUGUGGAAGACACUGGACAGUAAUCAGCAUAAUUUUCUUGUGCAAUUAUUACAUACUUAUAGAAAAUCAUUGGUGAGUGCAAUCCAUAUUUGAGUGCAAAUUUUGUAUGAUUGUUGAUGUUCUAAGUACUGAAAAUUAAAUUUUAUAUGUUCACAUAUUGAAGCCCCAAUUCUCAAGGACAGUUUUAGCCCUAUUUUAUCUUUAAAUAACAGUUAAAGAACUACUUCGAGGGCUGCUAUUAACUGUAUACAAUGAAAUUGGACUGUUUUUAAACAAGUUAUAGCUUCUCUCAUCUUUUUGUAAGAAUAUCCCUUGAACUGUAAUAUUGCCCAUGAUUGUAAAUACAUAUUUAUUUAAUUAAGCAUUUGGUGCUAAUAAAUGAUGUGGAAAUUAUUGGUUAUUGUUUAGAGGUGUGAUGAACUAUGAUGAUUUGUAAUUUCAAAGGUAAUGAUUAUGUUGUCAAGGUGAUAUUUGACAGAAGAUGAGAAACAUUGAAAUAAAUAUGCUUCCAUAAACAUAUUUGACUUCAAAGUAAGUUGUUGAGGUGCCUUUUUAUGUAUUUUAUGUGAGCUUUUUCGGAGUUUAUAGAGUCUUUUAUUUGUCACCCUUUUACUGCUACUUUUAGUUUGUUGAUUAAAAAAUUAGAAUCUUUGAUAUGUAUGGAGCAGUUGAAGGCAUGUUGAAUUAAACUUUACAUGCAAUUAGUUCUUAA